UGAAACAUAACAUCUGACGAAACGUAAACAACUACAUAAUUCUGACUACACAAAAUACAUCUUCUCAUUUUGAUACAUUAUUCGAAAUUUUUAGUGAAUACGUGAACACAUUACUAACUAAAAUAACAAAAACACUGAGAACUACUAAAGAACAACGCUAAGAUGUGUGAAAGUGAUCAGAGCGGAGACAGUUCGCUCGGCCUUCUUGCCGACUUGGAAAAGACGUUUGCCACAGGAGUGUGCCAUCUAGUCACUGAAAUGGAUUGUGCCUUACAGAAAUUUCUAGAUGAUACAAAGUGGGGGUUUUCACAAGAAAACAAGCCUCAAGAAAAAAGGCCUGCCAAAAACAGUAACUCUAUGGAGAUUUUGGACGACUUGGACAGAGUCCUUGAUUCAGCUUUGUGUUUUCUCACAAAUAUGGCAAACGAGGACCCAACAGUGUCAAUACCAUCUGGAUUUUUCGACGGCUGUCAGGAAGAUCAAACUGUAUCAAUACCGUCUGGAUUAUUUAGUUCUCCUCAGGGAGCCAGCUUUGCUUCAGAUGAAAGUUCUUUUGGCAUAUUGCAAGACUUUGAUCGAAUUCUUGGGUCAGCAGAAUGUUUACUUGGGAUGACGAUUGAUCGAACUCUACACUCCCGAAUACCAGUGCAGUAUCAGAUCAAUGUAGAGAAAGAUCCACGAAGAGGUAUAAAUGAAGGAAGAAUUAAAUUUGGGUACACACAAGAUUUGCCGGGUGGUUAUGUGCCAACAGACGACUCUUGUUCACCAGUACCUUUUGGACCUCAGCCUUAUGAGUUCAUGGGCGAGGAGAAGUUGAAAAAGCCAGCCGGAUGGCGAUAUGUUCCAAAGGGCCGGGAACCUGGCGACUCCCUAUACCGCUCACAUAGAAAAUGUCUCGACCAAAUAAGACCUGUAAGGAGCAGUGCUAGCAUGUCCAGGAUUCCAGUGCAAACACACUUCACCGUCGAGCGAGAUCCCAGGAGAGACGUUCCAGUAUUUCAAGAUCCGGAAGUUCCACCUCCAGUACCGACUUCACCCGUAAUAGAUAUGUCCUCCAUGGCGGAGUAUCCCAGAGUAUGUCCUGGUACAUCCAAGAUACCGGUCUUGAGCCACUUCGUUGUCGAGCAGAGCCUUGGAAGAGGAAUUCCGGGCGAAGAAUGUGUUGAACCACCACCACCACCAGCAUACCUUUCGAAGACAUUUGAAGAAUGCGACUCGGAAGAAUUUCCUUACUACCCACCGGCGUACGUUGGGGACGUGAUGGAAAGGCCUGCAAUAGCUCGUCGCCGUGAACCCAAGUCUGCUAUAUAUAGGUAUAUAAAUCCGUUGGAAUAUGAAUACUGCUCUGACGAGUCCUCCCUGUCAUAUGCGUCUUUAGAAGAAGAGGCUCAAGCUGAAUCGUCGUGUGCUCCGGCUCUACCUACUGAGACACCCAAAAAGACCCGCAAGACAGUGAGAUUCUCCGAGAACGUUAUGGUACAACUUAUAUCUCCAAACAAAACGACUUCUUCAUCCGAACCGUCCUCGCCCGAAAUAUGCUCGCCCGAUUCAUCUUACGAACAGCCAGCAUUGCCGUGUCCACCCGUCCAUGAGCCCUUCACCGUGUACUCAUCACCCGAGCCAUCCACAUCAGCUCAAGCCCAAGAAUGGCUGAGGAGAAGUCAAGCCCAAAACUGUGUCAGCCAAUCACAACCAGGAUCUUACACGUAUGAGUCGCCCCAACCGUCUACAUCCACAAAGGGCAAACCACAUAUAACAACUGAAUUCACUGACACAGGUUCAAAGAUUUCUAUAACAACACGCGAUUCAACACCAUCCGGUACUGUAAGCCAAACAAUAACGCUUUCUCAGGAAUCUGCACCCAGAGAAAUGACAGACAGUGAACGGAUGUCAAGGUAUGGAACAAUGCGGAAACCACCAAGGACAGCGUCCACAUACAGGCCCCCGCUGGUAGAACUUCCACCAGAAAAGCCACGCUACCAAAGAACCGAACAGACGAUAUUCGGACCCUGUUUACCGGUUACGUACGGUUCAACUCGACCAUCUCUACCGAAAACAGCUGCAGGUAAAUUCGCUGCGGUAACCGGUAAAUUCACACCGAGAGCAACAUCCUCUCCGAGACCGUCUCCUCAACCCCGUCCUCCAAGAAUUCCACAACCGCAGAGAGCGGCCUCGGUUCCUGGAAUACCGGGAAGGUCGGCCCAUUGUUCUCGAGGAACUUCCCAAUCAAGAGUGGAUGCUCCAACACCUACCCAAAGACCACCUCCGAGACCUAUUCAAAGGCCUAAUCCAAGAGCUGCUCAAAGUCCUUCUCAAAGAGGUACCCAAAGUCCUUGCCAAAGAGCUACUGCAACAAGGCCGAGUCCUCAAUGCAGGAGAGAAUCUCAGACUACUCAACAAAGAUACGCAGGAACAUCCAGAGAAAGACAGCAAGCGCGUCCAACUACGCGAGUGGGCUCUCCUGCUAUAGACCCCAUUCGAGAUUAUAGACUGCCUCCUGCAGCCCUUGAGUUGGAGGGUGAAAUGCUAGACAUUAACGACCAAUUAGAAAGACUGCAAUAUGACCUAGUGUCACCAAUUGUUGAGAUAAACGAAACUCUUGUAUCGCCAGACAUAGUGGAAUCGUUACAACACAGCUAUAACAGGGUGGCUCAGAGUGUGGACAGGCUGCAACACACCAUUCAUGAGAAUAGUCAAUACGGAAGCCCGGGGAGGCCAUGUUGAGUUGAAAAAAUCACUAAGGUAUCUUGAAAUUCCAACCUAUGAUGUUUGAAACCUACAUGAAUACAGUAAAUACUAGCUAUAUCAAUUUUGUGCAGUACAUAAAACUUGUCAAUUGUAUACACAAUAAAAUGAACAGCAUUAA